GAAGACGAUACUAAGGAUGUCUUUUUCGGUAUCGAGAAAGGCUAUGAGCAGUGGGUUGAUCUACCAUCCGAUAGUUCCGAGCAAUUCGGUAGCUUUCAGCCGGCGGCAGGCUAUAAACGUUCGUCGGUGCGUCGCAGUUUAGAUGAUACUACCACAGACUCCGACAGUGGUAGUGUGUUGCGAGUACCGCGACGUACCGCACGAGCGCGGAAGAUCCGGUUGGAAUCAUCCGAAAGU